GAAAAGAGUGAUAUUCCUUAUAUUUACCUCACCAAAUGGUGGUUUGGUUGUUUUCUUGAUCGGGUACCGUUUUCAUUAGCAUUGAGGUUAUGGGAUGUUUACAUACUUGAAGGAGAUCCAAUCUUGCUAGCUAUGGCAUUGAAUAUUAUGAAAAUGCAUGAGAAAACCAUAAGAAAGCUGCAAAUGGAAACUUUUAUGGAUUUUAUACAAAAUACAAUUGCCAACAAUUUUGGUUACUCGGAUGAUGAGACCAUGUACUCGUUACGAGAGGUUCUGAGCAGGUUGAAGAGCGACGGGCUUCACUAUCCACCACCACCAAAACCUGAUGAUCUCCCUGAAGUUCCUACGAAAGCGCUUGGCCCCAUACUAUCCAAGCCGAUCUCUUCUAUUCGAGAAGAACAAGAAGAGAUCAAAUCACGGAGAAGUCAUGCAGCUUGUGAGUGGCAAGAAUUUGAUAGCGCAUUUGAUGAAGUGUACGAGUUUUACUAUGAGUACUACAUCAAUGAAGGUAUAGAUAGUGAUAGUGAUGAAAUAGGUGAUAUGGCUACGCUUAGCCUUCUUUGA